AUGACAAGAAAAGUAGUGAAAGGGAGUGGGAUAGCUGACCUCCUGGCUGAGAACCCAAUCAAUGAUUAUGAAGCCCUGGAUUUUGAAUUCCCAGAUGAAAAUAUUAACACAGUGAGCAAUGAUGCUGAAAGCCCAAAUGAUGUGUGGGAAAUGUAUUUUGAUGGAGUAGUCAAUUUAACUGGUAAUGGGAUUGGAGCAGUACUUGUUGCCCUAGAUGGAAGACAUUUCGCAAUAGCCGUUAAGCUAAGUCUUCCGGGGGAGUUUGUCACCGAUAAUGCCAAGAAUCUGAACGGUCCGAAGAUUCAGAAGUUGUGCGAUCAAUACAAGAUACGACAUCUCAAUUCAUCGCCAUAUCGACCCCAGAUGAAUGGAGCUGUAGAAGCUUCCAAUAAAAAUCUCAAGCGGAUAAUUGGAAAGAUGACAAUCACUUAUAAAGAUUGGCAUGACAUGCUUCCCUUUGCACUUCAUGCCUACCGAACUACGGUCCGAACAUCAACUGAGGCAACUCCAUAUUCGCUGGUCUAUGGGAUGGAAGUUGUUCUGCCGAUUGAGGUAGAAAUUCCUUCUUUAAGAAUUCUAAAAGAGGCAGAACUAGAUGAGACAGAAUGGGUUCAAUCAAGGUUAAACUAG